UCUAAUCGCUUAACCGUGACAUGAAUGAAGGCUUUGAUAGAAUCAAAGUAGCCUUAAAAUCUUCAGGGCAAGAUCGGAACAUUUAUAGUUUGAUUGCAGUUUACAUACAACGUCCCUCUUGUUUGGCUCAGUUAUCAGAAUUCCAAAAGGAAAAAGCUUUUUUUUUUCUCGUUUUCCCUCCAAAUGAGCAGUUUGGUUGGUAAUUCAGACCAGGCAACAAUGGAGGAGGCCACUUCCAAAGGCGUCGCCGGAAGAAGAGGCGAGAGAAAGAAAGCCGUUUCCAAAUCUAUAAAAGCCGGUCUCCAAUUUCCGGUGGGCCGUGUCACUAGAUAUUUAAAGAAAGGUCGUUACUCCCGUCGAUUAGGCGCCGGCGCUCCGAUCUACCUUGCCGCUGUCCUCGAGUAUCUCGCCGCUGAGGUGUUAGAAUUGGCUUGGAAUGCCGCACGUGAUAACAAGAAAAAUAGGAUCAUCCCUCGUCACGUACUUCUGGCUGUGAGAAAUGAUGAUGAAUUGGGAAAACUUCUUCAAGGUGUGACAAUACCGAGCGGUGGAGUGUUGCCUAAUAUUAAUCCAGUUCUGUUGGCGAAGAAAAAUACGUCUACUCCUGAUGAAAAGCUCCCUACUCCUACAUCGCCUACGAAGACAUAGAUGAUUGAUUCAUUUUGUAAAUCUUAUUGCUAGAUCUUUUAAUUUUAUUUAGUUCAGGAGAAAUUUGAUGGCCAUUUGCCUAACAUAUGGUCUUUUACUUUUGGUGUCACUUUCAUGUUUUGGAUAUCAUAAUGGUUUAAAUGUAGUCCUGUAUUGAAUUAAAUCAUUCAUGAAAGAAGCUUUUUGUUACCUUAAUCAUUAAUGGUUACCUUA